UUCCACUUUCGCCGAUCUUCUUCUGAGGAGGAGCAACUACUUCUCUUGCACCACCCUUCCUCUCUCCUCUUUUUCUCAUCCAUGGCUUCUUUCCCUUUUCCUUUUCUUCUUCCCGUUCUUCUCCUCCUCUUCUUUCCCUCCAUUUCCCUCUCUCAGUCCAACCUAUCCGUCGACUACUACAAGACCACCUGUCCUGAUUUCCCAAACAUCAUUCGCGAAACCGUCACCAACAAGCAACUCACCAGCCCCACCACUGCCGCUGCCACUUUACGUCUCUUCUUUCAUGACUGCAUAGUCGAUGGCUGUGACGCCUCCGUUCUCAUUUCCUCUAAUGCUUUUAAUAAGGCUGAGCGAGAUGCUGAGAUCAACCAUAGCCUUGCUGGGGAUGCCUUCGACGUUGUGCUCAGAGCCAAGACUGCUCUAGAGACCAAAUGCCCUAAAAUAGUCUCUUGCGCUGAUAUUCUAGCUCAAGCCACCCGUGACCUCGUCAUCAUUGUCGGGGGACCGUUCUAUCCCGUUCAACUAGGAAGGAAGGACGGGCUAAUCUCCAUGGUCUCUCAUGCAGACGAAGGUCUUCCGAGAACAAACAUGACAAUGGAUCAAUUGAUCGAUUUGUUUGAUAAGAAAGGAUUCAGCAUCAAGGAAUUUGUUGCAUUGCUGGGUAGUCACACCAUCGGAUUCUCUCACUGUAAGGAGUUUGCCGACAGGCUUUAUAAUUUCAGCAAGACCACCCCAACAGACCCCCUUUUCAAUCCCAAGUAUGCCGAAGCAUUGAAGACACUAUGCGCUAAUUACACAAUAGAUUCAACCAUUUCUGCCUUCAACGAUGUGCUUACGCCCGGCAAGUUCGAUAACAUGUAUUACCAGAACUUGCCUAAAGGCCUGGGGCUGUUGAUAACUGAUAAUCUCCUGAUGAAGGACCCAAGGACUAAGCCCAUUGCUGAGCUUUACGCAAAGGACCAGACAGUGUUCUUUACGGAUUUUUCUGAUGCAAUGGAGAAGCUUAGCGUUCUUGAGGUCAAGAGUGGGACUGAAGGAGAGGUCAGGAACAGGUGCGAUCAGUUCAAUUCAAUUAAGACUUAGAAUUUUAUAUAUUCGAUUUUUCUUUUUUGAUGUGCAGCAUGAGAAAUGAGAAUGGGAUUUCUGUUAAUUAAUUUCCUAUUUCUUCUUUUCUUUAACAGAUAAAAAGAAAAAUAUAUAUAUAUUUUUGUUUUUUUCCUCUUAUAGUUGGUAAGAUUUGUGAUUGUUCUAGUUUUGAUU